AUGAAGGUCUCUGCCAUUCUCAUCCUCACCGCCGCUUCGGCCGCCCUCGCCGCUCCUGUUGCCGAGGCCAACGCCGAGGCCGCUCCCGCUCCCGCCCCUCAAGCUACAUCGGGUUACACCAACUACGGAAAGUACGACUACAGCAAGUACGGAAGCUACGGCACCUACGGUGCCCCACCGGCCACAACCCCGAGCCCCACCCCGGUCCCUCAGACUUACAGCGCCUACGGCACUUACAAGGGCUACAAGCGCGCCACCGACUGGGUCAAGAGCUGGUUCGCGUAA